UAAAAAGACACCGAAAGUACAAAAUUCAACACAAAACACACACACGACAACAAAAUGGAAUCAGAAUUAAGUCAGGCAUAUUAUGGAGUCUAUUGUUCUUCGAAAGAAAUUCUCAAGAAUAACCAACGCCAUUUGUAUUGUAGCAUGUUGGAUUUAUUGACGAGCACCUGCAAGACAACGGGUUUGGUAGGUAGUAAAAUUGUUAGCGAUGAAAUGAUACAGUUUUGGUUAUCGGACAUCUUGGCGUUGAUGUUCGACACAGACCGUGCCAUACAGACCAAGGCGGUGGAAGCCUUUGAACAGGGCCUCACCUCAAUGGAUGUCCAGACCAUACACAACAGCAAAGAGUGGCCGGCCCUGAAGGCGUCGCUGGCCAGUGUACAGGCACCAAAAAUCCACAAAUUGCGUGAGGAACGUAACCCCCACUGGCAUCGGGUAUGGGGUUACAUGAUACGUAUACUUGAUAAGGAACUGCUGAAGGGUGCAAGUACAAUAAACGCCUUCUUGGCCAUUGUGGAAUUGGGUUUUCGCAGUACAGAUAACACCAUUCGGGCUGAGUCGUUUCUGUGUUGGCGUUUACUGAUCGAAAUAUUUGCCAAAUACGAUGAACUGUCAUCGCCGAAACGUUUGAAGCUAAUUUGUAUCCCCCUAAAGAGUUCCCAAUCGAAAUCCGCCCAAGCUGCUGAAGUUAAGCUGCGAGUGUGGUGGUAUUUGUUGACUCGCUUCGGUAAUAAAUUGGGAAAUAAUUUCGAAAGUGUUGUGGAACCAUUUCUGCAUUUUUGUUUUGGUGGUGCCGCAUCGGGUAAACAGGUGGUUAGUGCGGCCAAACAAUAUGAAGUGGUAAGGGAAUUGGCUGUACCUUGUAUGGCCAAGCUGUUGGCAAGUGAGCGUAAUGAAUUUUUGGAUCGUUGUUUGAGGGAUCAUAAAUUGGAGGCCAUGGACACACCAUCGGCUCUAUUGGAAUUGGAGGUGUUGGAGAAGCAUUGGUUGUCGGUAGUCAAUGCGGCAUUGGAUGCCAUUCACUUGAUGGCCACUGAAUCGUCAGAAAAUGAUGUCGGUGAACAGCAUUUGUUCCAACAGCUCUUGCGCCACCUACUGCAAAUGACUUUCCGCAAGGAUAUUGCACCCCUGACAAUCCAUGUCUGUUCAUCGAUUCAAAAAAUGCAAGCCAAUCAUCCACGCGUUGUUAUAAUUGCCAUCAAUACCCUGGCAUCGGAGGGUAUUGUUUUGAAAAAAGCCACAGAGAAUGCAGAAGAGUAUCCCAAAUUAUUGGAUAGCUUUGCUAAGCUAUUUAUAUCGGCUCGUUCCAUAGUACCACCGGCAAUUUUAAAUCGUUGUGUUGAUAAAGUUUUCUCCUUGGAGGGACAGGACACAGGACGCAACAAAUGGCGUUCUCUAAACGUGAUGAUGUCCACAAUUUUCCUCAUCAAAGAUGAUGAAGAUUUUGAGGCCUUCGAAACGAAAUUGAUUGUGUGGCGCAAUGUCUCCCAAGGCAUUGUGAAACAUCUCAAAGAGAAUGCUUUGGAUGUACGAGUUAAAGAAAACGCCUUGCUACUGGAACGUUGGAUAUUAUGGCCAGUUCAGGUUUGUGUGGGAUUUACGGGCUCCAAGUCCACAUAUGGUUUUGAUUCGGCAUUUUGUUCGCUGUGGCGGCAACUUAUUAAUGCCGGGCAAAAUGCCCCCGAAAGACGUGCAUUCAUCACAAAGGUACACGAUGUUCUGAAGGAAUUACUGAAAAUACGUCAUGAGGAAUCUGCCUUUGGAGAACUAUUUGAUGCCUAUACCACGGCAGUGGUGAAGCUGGAAUGUGCCAAAGACAGUGUUCAACAUUUGGAAUUUUUCGCCCUAAUGCAGGAAAUAUUGAAGCAACAAUUACCCAAGAAGCCAUUGGAGGCCUGUAUGAAUACAUUGCGCAAUAUCUUGACUGGGUUUAAAGCCAAUGAGGCGAAUCUUUAUUUUGACCACAUUAAAGCCAUUCUCUCGGCUGUGGUCAAUUUAAAUGUUAAGGGUAAUGCCUGUGUUUUGGAAAAUAAGUUUCUUGAUGAAUGGAAGCGGGCGGUAAUGGACAAAUUACGUACCACCUUAAGCAAGGAUUUAUUCCAACAGCUGAAAGAAGUGGUAAAGGGUAAUAGCGAUGUUUUCAUUGUUGUACCUUCCGUAUGGAGCUAUAAUCCCGACAAAUUAACCGAGCGACAAAAGGAAAAGCUUGCAGAAAAAUCUGAUAUACCGGCUCUUUACAAUGAUAUGAGUCAAUCCCAGGAGGUCUCCCUCAAACCAUGGACACCGAAAAAGAUUGUUAUUGCGCAGAAAGAUAAGUCUGAAAUUGUCCUUGAAGGACCGGAAUCGGAAGAGGUCAUUGAAGAGACCGCUGAACCCUUGGAGAAAAUAGAUGCCGAGAAGGCAGUGCUGAGCACACCGGUUAGUAAGAAAUCUUCGCUGAGAAAUCAAAGUAAAGUUCAAGGCACACCCAAGGAAGCUGAGGAGGAGAAAAAAUCCUCCAAUGAACAUGAGGUAACACGUGCCACACGUAACUCCAAGCGUUCGAUUUUGGCCAGUACCGCUGAGGAGGAGCCCAAAGAGAAGAAGGCGACAGACAAUGCAGCAGAGGACAGUAUCAUCAGAAGGCAAACCCGACGUUCUGGUCUGCGCACCAAAAACGAUAACAAAAAAGCCGAUGAAACAACGGCAACAGCAGCAAGCGACAAAUCAAAAACAUCAAAUGUUGUUGAAAAGCCACACCACCAACAAACAGAAAACAUAUCAAGUCCCCACAAAAAUGCUGCAAACAAAACCACAACAACAGCCAGCACUAAUAUUAUACCCACAAUUACCGAAGAUGUUGUCGAAGAUCAUGAAACAACAGCAAUUGAAAAAGAUAAGGAGAAUAUUAUUGUUGAACCACAGCAGCAACAACAACAGUUGGAGACACAAUUGCCAACAGAAUGUUUGCCAGCAACUGUAAUUGCCACUGCAACACCCUUAACAGCUUAUAGUAGCGCAUCCUCCUCCUCGUCCAGUACACAACUCUCUCAAGAAACUGAAAAAUCAACCCAAGAUAAACUUGCUGCUCCUGAGGCGGCUAAAAAGGAUGAGGUCGCCAAGAAACCACCACCUGGUCCAAACACAGUUGAAAUCUUAUCAAAUGAAUUGAUUGAUCUCAAUAAAACAAAUACAAAUGCCAUAACAGAAAUUUUACAAACUAAAGAAGUUUCACCGAAAAAGACUAACCCAACUAGGUUUACACCCCUGUCCUCACCACCAGAUCGUAAAUUGACCAACAACAGCAGCAGUCCCACACUGAGACCCAAACCUUCAUCCCAUUUAACUGGCCGCGGUGCCCAAUUGAUAAAUAUGAUACGCAACAAAAAAGUUGAUAUCUCUGCGGCCGCCACAUCAUCUCCCAGCAAUUAUCCAACAUCAUCGGUGUCGACACCAUCACAACAACGUAAUCCUGCUGCCGAAUUAAUGGAGCUAACCGGUACCGAUCAGACCUCAACACCGGUACAACAUAAAGAUUUUCUGGUAUUUUCAAAACGUUUACCAUCACCCACAGCCAGCCCUUCGGCAAGCAUUUUAAAACGUAAGCUGAGAAAUGAUAGCAUUGAAGAUUUAUCCUUCGAUUCGCCAGCAUUUAAACGUAAACGAGUUAGUUUCCAUGAUCCACCCGUUUCGGUAACAAAAGAAUAUCUUCGUGAUGCUGAUGAGACAAAAACUAAACCGAAGAGAUGUUUAAUUAUGGACAAGGUUUCAGAGGCCAAACAUGUUUUGCGUAGACGCAGUAAAUUAGACAGCCUAAUUGAAAUCGAGAAAUUCAAUAACAACACCGCCGAUCCCAAUGCAGCUGCUGCUUCGGCUGAUAAGAACUCGACUACAUCAACAGCAAACACCGCCAGUUCCGCCACAAAUGCUGCACCUUCUUGUUCAACAAAUACCGGUACUGGUGCUGCUGCUAAUAAAUCUACAGAUCGUGUCAUGAUGGAUGAUAGUAUAACCUCCUUGAAAUGGAAUGAUAGUCGUAAUACAACCUCCGAUGAGAAUGCCCAAGUUUUGGAACAACACAAUGCUAGCGCCGCAGAGGCUAAUCGCUGUAAUCACCCCGAACCACAAGAACUCACAUUGGACAGUGCCAUUAAUAUGGUCUUGGAACAGUGCCCGUUGGAAACCAUACUCGAAAAAUAUUUCGCCAAUGAAAAUGCACCACAAUUGAAAUCCUCCCAUGUUGUAGCGAAAUACCUUUCGAAUGCCAUGGAGACCCAUGCGAAAAUUAAAACCAAUGUAUUGGAGACAUUAUCGGAAAAUCAUUCGAAGGACUUCUUAGAUCAUGCCGUACAAGAGAAUUUAUCCUCUGUGGUGUGCGAUCGUUUGAAUUUGAAUUCGGUUAUCGAUUAUAUUUGUGCCAAGUCGAAAAUUAAUUCAGGUUGUCGCAACAACUUGGUACAACAACUGCCGGAUAUUUUGAAACACAGUAAGAAUGAUGCUGAACGUUUUGAGUUGAUCAAGAAUCUGUUGCAACAGUGUCAAUUUACCGAUGAACACAUUUUGGAUUUAAUCAAUGUGUUGAUGCAGGUUCGUUCGGGACGAAGGGUGGGAGAACAUGUCACAAUGGUCUCGGAAUCGGCAGUCGAUUCAUCAUCAAAUUUGUAAAGAAA